AUGGAAGUUGAAUAUUUCAAUGAGAGUCAUUUCUCUCGUUUUUCUUCGGGAGGUAGGACAAAUAUUUAUGGGUUAUCCGUAUUUACCACACGUUUAGGAAGUGGUUUACCUUAUGAUCGAGAAUUUCCAUCGAACACGUCUAAAUGUUUGUCCCUUGAAAUUCUUACAAAUAAUUUGAGAAAUCGGGAAAAUAAAGAAAGAAUACAUCAACAUUUAUUCGUAAGUUCAUUUUAUGGAGUUACAUGUUUUGUUUCGGCGCAAGGAUAUUGGAAUACGAUCGAUUUACCUCUAGAUAAAGAUAUUGGAGAAAUCAUUUCGAUGGACGUAUUUUCUUCCAUCAAUUCUGAUUUUGUCUUUGCCUUGACAACAGCUCAUUCUGGUCAAAGGAUUAUUCCCGAUGAUGAUUCUCAAAGCCAAUUUUCCCUUCGAAUUUAUUCUUUGAGUGAUUAUGCAUUAACGUUUAUGGAAGACGCAAUUUUCAAGAUUAUCGGAAAUUGUCAAAGUAUUAGAAUUAAUUUCACUCCAACGCAACUUGCUCACACCACAAUAAAUAAAGAGGAUGAAGAUUGUACUGCUUUAAUUUUAUGUGGAAAUGAUGGAGGCGUACAUUUAUAUAUAGAAGAAAAAGGCACUAAAAAAUGGGAAGAAAUAUCUGUACGUCCUUACUUUCCAUUUCUUGCUGGAUUUGCUGAUUCAAAUUCAAAUAUAUUAUCUCUAGAGAUUAAAGAAUUUCAAAACAUCAAAAUUAUAGCAGCGGGAUGUCAAAAUGGUAUGCUGCAUGUAUCAAUUUCGAAGCGUAGUGAGUCGGCGGGUGAUUUUGAACAACAAGAACAAUCAUCGGUUGCACUUUUUAGUCCCAUCACUUCAAUUUCUAUUUUCAAAUCAUCUACAAGUGAAAAAGAAGAAAUUCAUAUGCUUGUUACUUGUGCUGUAGAACAAGCAAUUGUUUAUUGUUAUGUAGAUAAAAAACUAUUAAAACAUCCGUUUUAUUUGAGAGAAUGUUCACAACAUGAUAGUGUUCUGUGUUCUCAUAUAAUGGAUAUAGAUUGGGAUGGUCAAAAUGAAAUUCUUGUUGGAACAUAUGGUAGAGAAUUACUUGUAUACAAACAAGGCAUGAUUACUUUUCAAUUGAUAUGGCAGAGAUCUUUUAUGCACCCUAUUUAUCGAAUUUCUGGCUUGGAUCUGAAUGAAGAUGGUGUUGAAGAACUUAUUGUAGCUACUCAAUAUGGUGUACAUAUUUUGCAGCCAAACUUGCAUAAAGCUAAGGAACAACUCUUUAAAGUAUUAAAUGAAAUCGAUGCCUUAGAUAAGGAAUACAAAGAACUUUGUACUUGA